GAGCAGCUGCAGCCGGGGGACAAGGUCUCGGAGCACAUGCUGAGGCUCUACGACCAGUACAGCGCAGGACGGGCGGCUGAGCAGCCCCAGGACGUGCUGGGUCUGCCCCUUCGCCACGGCAACACGGUGCGAGGCUUCCGCCCGCUGCCCGCAGGGAGCCCUGAAGGCCAGAAGAUGUAUGUUUUUAACCUGACAUCCCUCACAGAGUCUGAAAACAUCUUGUCAGCUUUGGUAUAUUACUAUAUUGGCGAUUUGCUGCACGCAGAGUGGAACUGUUCACAGUCCAGAGGCUGUUCUAGUCAGAGGCACAGGAAACCUGAAAUUCAGAUACAUCUUUCAGUCUGGACCUUACCUUCUGCGGGGAAUGAGACUUGGACCCUGGGACAUUUCCUCAUCAAUGUCUCCCCAGCUCACCAGGACGCCCUUUCCUGGCAGAGUAAGGAUAUCACUCAGCUCCUGCAUGGAGCAAAACAAAACAAUGAACUACUGAUUGGUGUCAAAAUGGAUCUGAGCAGCCGUCGCCCCUGGGAACGAGCACCUUCUCACUAUGAACCCUACAUUCUGAUUUAUGCCAACGAUUCUGCAAUUUCAGAGCCAGAGAGUGUCGUCUCUAGUUUGCAAGGGCACCGUCAUCCUCUGGCGAGGGUCUUUCCCAGGCCAGAAAACCAGGUGAGGAGCAGCCCUGGGAACAGGCGGCGAAAACGAUCCACAAAUGUCCUCCUGCCGUUGCAGAAUAAUGAGCUUCCAGGAGCUGAGUACCAGUACAAUGAGGAUGAGAGGUGGGAGGACAGAAAACCUUACAAAACCCUCCAGCCACGGCUGCCAGAGAGGGCAAAGAGUAAGAAAAAGCAGAGGAAGAAUCCCCACCAGAAGAGCCAGGCUCUCCAGUUCGAUGAGCAAACGCUGAAAAAGGCGCGAAGGAAGCAGUGGAACGAGCCCCGGUAUUGCGCCCGGCGCUAUCUCAAGGUGGAUUUUGCAGACAUUGGCUGGAGCGAGUGGAUUAUUUCCCCAAAAUCCUUUGACGCCUAUUACUGCUCAGGAGAAUGCCAAUUCCCAAUUCCAAAGGCCUUGAAGCCGUCCAACCACGCCACCAUUCAGAGCAUUGUGAGAGCCGUCGGUGUCGUUCCGGGCAUCCCCGAGCCUUGCUGCAUUCCCGACAAAAUGUCUUCUCUUAGUAUCUUAUUCUUUGAUGAAAAUAAAAACGUGGUUCUUAAGGUGUACCCCAACAUGACAGCGGAGUCCU